GACCCAACAUUUUUGGUUUGACAGCAAUUGUCUGUUCCGAGCUCUUGGCGAUCAGUUGGAGGGACACUCCCGGAAUCAUCUCAAGCACCGACAGGAGACAGUGGACUACAUGAUAAAGCAGCGGGAAGACUUUGAGCCCUUUGUGGAAGAUGACAUUCCAUUUGAGAAACACGUGGCCAAUUUGGCAAAGCCUGGUACAUUUGCUGGCAAUGAUGCAAUUGUAGCCUUUGCAAGAAAUCAUCAAUUGAAUGUUGUGAUUCAUCAACUUAAUGCCCCUUUGUGGCAGAUUCGUGGCACGGGGAAAAGCAUCGGGCGGGAGUUACACAUCGCCUAUCGGUAUGGAGAGCACUACGACAGCGUUCGGAGGAUCAAUGACAACUCGGAAGCCCCCGCCCACCUCCAGACAGAUUUUCAGAUGCUUCAUCAAGAUGAAUCCAAUAAAAGAGAAAAGAGCAAGACUAAGGGCGUGGACCUAGAAGAUGACCUGAGAGACGAAGUGGAAGAUGCCGUCCAGAAAGUUUGCAACGCCACCGGCUGUUCAGAUUUUAAUUUGAUAGUCCAGAACCUGGAAGCUGAAAAUUAUAAUAUUGAAUCUGCAAUAAUUGCCAUGCUUCAGAUGAACCAGGGAAAAAGAAAUAAUGCAGAGGAGAACCUUGAGUCCAGUGGCCGCAUGCCGGAGCAGAGCGGUCCUUUAUGGGAGGAGGGUGGCAGUGGCACCAGAAUCUUUGGAAAUCAGGGCUUAAAUGAAGGCAGGACUGAAAACAAUAAGGCGCGGGCCAGCCCUAGUGAAGAAAACAAGGCAAAUAAAAACCAGCUCCCGAAGGUCACAAACAAACAGAGGCGAGAGCAGCAGCGCCUGGAGAAGAAGAAGCGACAGGAGGAGAGGCACCGUCAUAAAGCCCUGGGGAGCAGGAGUGGCCACAGGGACAACAACAGAAGUGAAGCAGAUGCGAACGCGCAGGUCACCUUGGUGAAGACCUUCGCUGCGCUCAGCAUCUGACUCUGGCCGGCUGGGGGCGGGAAGAAGUGAGUGGGAAGUGGGGGCUGCGUCCCGGGCUUGCUCGGGAGGCCUCCUUAGGGAACCGGCCCACGGCGUCCACAUGCGAGCUCACACACUGAGUCGGUGUCGUUCAGGCUGCCUCCUUUGCGCUCCGAGUUUUGUUGGUGUUUUAUUUUGUGAAAGUGCAGUGAAGCCAUUCAUGUUCCAUAAUUAAAAUACUGAGUUUUAGGAGUGGAUAGAUGCACCAGGAAAAACCUUUAGAGUGUGGUUUUAUUUGCCCUGAAAAAUCACAGUUCGCUGACCCUGGGAUCUUUCCCUAACGCUUGGGGUGAGGCUUGCUGUACUUGUUCAUGAAGUAGUUUAGAGUAAUUGCCAGAAACGCAGAAUGACAAGCUCCCUUCGUUUCUCUUUCCUUUUCAAACAGAUACAUUCACGCACAGGGUACUUUAUAAACGACCUCUGACUCAGGAACAUGUUUAGAUUUAGUUUGCGUUUAAUCCAGGUUCAUCGGAGAAGAAUUUGGGAAGUGCUCUCCCGAAGUAAUAAGAUACGGCGGUUGAGGCCUGUAGUCAGGGUGGAAGUGAACAACUGCCCUUCUCUCCUCCCUGCGUCUGAUGGCGGUGCAGAUGCGAUGCAGUGCUGUUAGUUCGCUUACGCUCAAGCCAUGUGAUCCAUGCGCCUGACUGUUAAUUAGGUCCGGGCUUUGCUGGAGAAUCUGAGUGUUGUGGAGUCUCUGGUUCUUGUUCCUUGACGAUGGGAAGGAAGAUGGAUGUGACCGCUUCUGGUGCAGUCCCGGGUCUCUGAUAGGAAGGAGAGCAGAAUCCACAGUAGUAAAAGGAGAGAGCUCAAGGGGCUCUUGAGUGUUGGCCCAGGAAGAGGCUAACCAGCGAUGUGAUUGUGUAGGGAGAGGGCCGGGCAGCCUGCCUAAGGUGGUCCACGUUCCCAUUUUAAGUAACUGUAUUUUCUUCCCUGCUUUUCUAGACUUAGAUGCCUUCAGAGAAAUAAAAGGUAACUCGACCUGUGGCUAAAUUCUCUUCGUAUCGUGAAAAUGAAAUUCCUUAGAAAUGCUGCAUUUAUUUCUUCUUAUUUAAAACCUGUUUGGGAUUCUGAUGUUGGAAAAACUCUCUAGCGCCCACCAUAAAUUGUCCGUGGCUUAGGUCAGACCAGCAGGGCAGAGAAUGUACUUUGGCUGAGGACUUCGAAUGACUGCAGUUCUGAAAUAGACAGAUUUGGGCAGUGGAGAUGUGUCACUCCUAUAACUGAGGUAGGGUGGUGUGAACUGCAAAGCAGUCAUGUUUGCAGUGGUCCAUCUUGGGCAGUCUUUGCCUUUUGGGGACCUAAUAUUUAGACAGAUAAGAUAUGCUAAAUCAAAGGUCAAUUGUUAAUUACCUCCCCCACCUCAGAUUUGAAAGUUAUAAAAGUUCCAAGGCUAAGGGAAAGCUAUAAAAAAGUGUCGAUGUCGACGUGUGUAGACACACUGUCUGGGCUGGCCCUGGAUUCGUUGACUUAUCUUUAUCAGCGGAUGACUUGCUUUCUUCGGUUUUAAUGAUGUAUGUUAAUUUUUUGCUUUUUUUCCUUUGGUGACUUUUUGUGGUGGGCACAUCGGUUGUCUCUAGGGCUUGCUCCCAGGACAAGGUGGUUUGGGCUUCGUCCUGGUAAGCACAUUGUGCUAUUCGGCAGGUUGAGAAAGAACCCAGCUUUUUUUCCUCGCACCUUGUGGAGUCCUGAGUUUGAAGCUCUAGAACUCAGACAAAUGAAGGGUUUCUGUUGCCUGGCUGUCUCCGAGGGAGGGAGGGUCAGUGCGUUCGGAUCUCCUGUUUCUUGGCUUUGAACUCUGGGCAGAUUUCUAAUGGUGGCCGAGCUUCUCUGAAUGAACGUUCUUUCCUGUCUGUUUUGUACUAUGAGAGUGCAGGAGGCCAGAUUCUCUCAUAGGGUCACGAUCAUGUACCAGAAAUCCAGCAGAAUCAGGAGUCAGAAGUCACGUAAGGGAGACCCAUUGUCAGUAGUAGUCGAAUUGCCUUAUUUAUUUGGUUAAUGAAGGUGGCCUUGGCCCCUACUGGGCUUUAGAAGUUUUAGAAGCUGCUAAAAAGUUAAUAGAGAAUAUUGGGAACAUGAACUUAUAAAUUACCUAAUUCUGAUAACAGGCUUCAGCAUUUCUGGGGUAAAAUAACAGUGGUUUUAAAAACUAUAAUCAAGUGGCUUCAGGAAUUUUCUUUUAUUACUACUUCAUAGCUUUCCAGUUAUAACUGGUCUGUGUCUUUUAGGUUAAUUAGUAGGGUUGGGGGUACAUGUAUGCAACUUUAGUGAUAUCUUCUAGCAAAGGGUUUGAAUUUUGACUUCACUGCCUCGGUGUCACUGAAGUGUGAGGAGGAGGGAACCCAUACGCUUAGCUGCCUUAGUAAGCACUUAAAAAUGACCUCGUUGGCAGCCACGGUGGAGGCCCGGUGUGUUCCAUCCUGGAUGGCUGAGUCAGGAAUUGUUACCUAGCGCAGUUCCUCCUGUGCGCUUCCUAUUAGGAAGGGAACCUUUCGUAACCUCUGAGCUGCAUCUUGGCGGUUGGAGAUUUACGUUACCUGGGAUUGUCUCAGUAGCUUUUAACAGGGCCGGGAGAAGGGGAUGGGUCAGUGGACCAUAGCUGCUUUUAGUCUUAUAAACUGUAUAUAAAGGUUUUAAUGGAUUUUUUUAACAGAUUUUUUUAAAGGUCAAAAUAAGUGAAAUGUUAGUGGCAACCGCUUUGUACUAGAGAGGUAGAUGUAUUAAAACAAUAUAGAACCACAACUUCCAAGCAAUACAGCUGGCCACUAAGAGUUACUAGAGCGGUAGAGUGUGUACAUGUAUUUAAUUUGUCAAUAAUAUGAACAUGUGCUUUCAGGAGCACUGGCUAAGGAAUUGUGGCAGAAAGAAGAAUCUGAAAUGUUAGUUGUGGUCAUCUGUAGUUUCUUUUAUAAACUCUGAAAACACUUCCCAACCCGUUUUCAUUCCUAGGGCUUGUGAAGUGGGCUCUCUCUGGUAGGGCAGUUAGUGCUGGGCUUCGAGGGCGCCUUUGUGUGGGUGAUUUAAAAGCUGCUUCCCUGGGGUGCUUUUACAAUGUGAAAUGAUAUGGCUGGGAUGGGAGGGGGGCCCCGUUCAGGGGGGUAGAGCUGCUCACAUAUUAAGUAGGUAGAUAUCAGAUGGACUUUGGCAUUGAACUGUACUCGUAGUGGGUCCCUGUUGUCAAUGUGUAAUUUCUCUCAUUCUGAGAAACUCCUUAGACUCUGCCUGGGUUUUACUGGGUCAACAUAGCAUGCUAUCAGUUUACCUCUGAAAUGUUCAACUCGAAUAGUCGGCCGGUUAAAGGAAGCUUGGCUCCCUAGUGAGAGUUGACUAAAAGCCCCCCAGACCGAAAGGGUCUUUGUGGGCGGGCUGAGCACCGAGCCCCUUGGUUUCAGUGUGCCAGCCUGUGGCCCUCUCGGACUCCAUUGUGGGGAGAUGCACAGCUCUUUACCUCAAGACUCGAGCGAACCUUGAGCCUCAGCCUGAUGCUGUUUUCCUGUUUUGCUGUUCUCAUUAUUCACAGUCUCAUCUCAGCUUUCAGAACAGGUGUUGCUAAAACUCUGGGGCCUUCUGACAGUUCUGAGGUGAUUUAAUCAUGGCACUUUUUACAAGGUAUUUUUCCCGACUCUAAAGCAAAUUGUAUUUUCCCACUGAUGUUGAAUUGAAGGUCUAGAUGGCAUAGUUCAAUGAUAGGACAUGGUCUGCCAUCUCGUUUUAGCGGGGGAAACGGAUCAUUGGUUUGAAGCGGAGAUGGGGGGGUACCAGUCACAAAGUGCUUGCACUGUGGAACCCACAACGUGCGCCCCAGAGCCUGGCCCCAGGGAAGAGCUGCGUCUGUGGACUGCCUGGCCCUGCCCUGUCCCCAGGUAAAUUCCCUGGGAAACCGCAGGCUCUUAACUAUUUCCUUUAAGGGAUUACUUUCUAGAGUCUCUCUGUCUCCUAGUUAGGACUACUUUGUAGCUCUAUUAAAUAUUUAGCAUUCUGUCAAAGCUACUUGAUGGGGGGUGAGAUGGUACCAGUAAAGAAUAUUUCUGUACAAGCACGAACUUCCGCAUGGUGACUUUAUUUUAAGCAGGGCAUACCCGGGACACAGAACUUGCACUCGCUUUCCUGGUGAUCAUGGAGGGUAAUGGUCACCAGACAGAACCUCUGUCUGCCCCUAAUCUUUCGCAUGUCACUAUCGCCAGCCGUCCAUGACAAUCAUUUGAGCGCAGUCACAGACCCUCCGCCUGCAGCUCAAUCCCCAGGCAGGUCCCUCGACCAUGACUUGAGGAAUGAAUGCUGGUGUGGGGCUCCUCACACCUUCCCACUCUCCUGUUCAUUUUUCCUGGUGGGAAGGCCCUCGGCCUCCCGGCUACCCUUCCAGCAUCUUCCACCAGCACUGAGCUCAGUAGGAAGAAAAGAGCCAGGAGUCGGACUUGAACCCUACAUGUUCCUCUCGCUGAUGUACAAGUGCUGGUGGGCGUCCGUCCCUUUUAUGAAGGAGGGCAAGUGUGUCUGGAGAACACGGGGUCUUCCCAGGCUCAGGAACCGUCUCUUUUUUCUACUUGCACUAUACUAGUUCUAGCUUCAGUCUGGAGAUAUUUAAGACCUCCAUGGGGUCCUGAUCCAUAGACUCAGCAAGCCCUGCCUUAUCUAUGGAGCUCGACGGGGAGAAACAUGACCAUUGUCUGACGUCUGUAGUCCAUUUCCUCUAGGUUGUUUCUUCCCACAGAUUGUGUUCAUCGGAACCAUUUUAUUUUUUAUUUACCAAAGUACUGUACUUGGCUAUUUGCAGUGUUUUCAAAACCAAAUGUUUCUUUUUUUGUGUUUUUAAUUUUCAAUACUUGGUGCAAUAGAAGCUGCAAAGACGUGCCACUUUCUCUAUGAAACGGACUUUUGUAUACCAAUAAAUUCUAGUUUAAA